AUGGGGGCCAAGAGCUCGGGGAGCGGCAUAGAGCUCUUUUGCAGAAGAGUGUCCUGGAGAGGGAGCCGAGAGUGUGACGCCCCAGCAGGAGUCUGCGUCCAGGGGCUGCCUGCCUGGGUCGCCAGCGCCCUGGGGCUCGGGCAGUGGGGUGUGGCGGGUGAUAUGGCCACCACGUGUCCUCGCGGCCCCAAGGGGGCCCGGGGGGCUGCGCCUGUCCAGGUGAUGGGCCGAGCGCGGCCCCGUGAGCCCCGGGGCGUGCGUCCUCCUGGUGCGGCCGGAAGGGAAGAAUGGUGGUUCUCACUUCAUCCAGAGGACCACACGCUCCUGUUAACCCUGAAAGUCUCCGCAGCCUGA